CUUAAUUACAAAGGCAGCAAGCAAUCGGCAAUCGCUCAUCCCUGUGAUGUUAUGCAAUGAAAACAAAAAAUCUCUUUUAUUUUAUAGAAGCAAUUCGGAUUAAAUAAAGUAGGAUGUACUAAUCAUCAAGAUCUGUGUCUCACUGCUAUUUCUUCACAUCUUCAACAGUUCAACCUACUUUGCAGAUCUUUGGUUUCUACUCGGUAUUUAUGAUCCUCACAGGCACAGCACCCAUUCGCCUUUUAUUACAGACAAAGAUCGAACAACCUGCCCCAGUUCUUUCUUUCAUCUAUCUCUAGAUCCACAAAGAUCCAAUCUUUCUAUGUUUUGACUUAUUGGGCCUUUCGUGUUCGUACAUCUAGAGCAGAGCCUGAAUGAAUAUUCAAAGAGGAAAAAAAGCAAUCUUUCUGUUGGUGAUGUCUAAUAGUGUUAAAAAUGACAUUUCAGAGCAAGAAACGACCAAUAACUGUAAUGGUGCAAGCAAUGCUCGAGCUUCAUCCGAGUUGAAACUGUACCAAGCUUUCAUCUUUUCUGUGCCGAUUUUCUUCAUUUUUAUACUUCUCCUCUUAUUUUAUUUGUUCUACCUCCGUCGCCGGAGGACGGACUGGUCUUCUCUGAGAAUGAGGACUUCUAAUACAUCCAUGCUGGCUUCUCAAAGUAAUGACCUAUCCAGGUGUGAAAUGGGGCUGAAGAAGGAGCUGAGAGAGAUGCUACCCAUAAUCGUGUUCAAGGAGAGCUUUUUCGUCAAAGAUACUCAUUUUCUGAAAUUCGCUAUCAUAUUUGUAUAUAAUANGCUAUCGACACACACCACUUGCCCCCUUUGCCGCCAGUCCCUCCUUGCUGCUUCUACUAAAGCACCUGAUAGUGCUGAAGGUUUUGAAACAAAUUCCAGUGGCUUCGCAGCUUCUUUAAAUUUAGAGAAUGACGAUGAAAUGUCUCGUCAACAGACUAAUGGAGACCCUCAAACUAGCCAACAGUCUCCAGAGUCUGAGGACAGAGAUGAAAGAGUUGUUCCCACAGUUGUUCAAUAUGCUGAGGAAUCUAUGGAUUCUGGUGGGAACAACAACAGUGUCAGCUACUGCUGUGUAUGGAAGGCAGGCCGAGCUCUGUACACUUACAACAAUAAUCCCGCCCAACAUCAAGACUUGGACAAGCUGGCAGCUUCGUGUCUCGAGAUGGCCCCACCUUACCACCAAUGGUAUUUCCAAACAGUUGGCAGAUACACUUUUGGGUUUCUAAUGGACUGCGGUUUCGUGUAUUUCGCGAUUGUGCACCAAAGUCUCGGUAACUCCCACUUUCUUACAUUUCUUGAGAAGUUGAGGUAUGAGUUUGCAAGAAGGAGCGUGUCGAGUCUCGACUCACUCUGUCUGCAGCAGCAGUUCUUUCCAGUUGUGGCUCGGUUGGUUGCCUCUUUACAACAGCAGCAAGAAGCCGAAUGGUCAAAUGAUGGUGGUAAUAAAAAUAACUGUAGCCAGGACAAAGCACAAGUGGAUGAUGAAGCUGGUGGUUCGACAAAAAUGCCCUUGCUGGGAAAGCCUACCAAACAAGACACUAAGAAGAAGAAGAUGAUGAUGAUGAAAAUGAAUAAGGAACACGAUGUGGUGGUUGCUAUUGAGACGGGGGAUGAGAACCAUAGGAGAAGGUCCUCUUCUGACAGUGAAAUCAAACUCGACCAACAGCCUUCUUCUCAAUUGGGAAAUGGUGGCACUAGUUCGACAACAAGGAUUAUUAAUACUACUAAUAAUAAGGCGAACACUCAAAAUCUGAGAAAAAAGUUGUGUCGCCAAGUUCGGAUUGUUCUAGCCAUGGAUGCUGCUGUUUGUCUUCUUCUGUUCGUAAUUUGGCUAGUCAUAUGCCACGGUAUUGAGUGCAUUCGUUAA